AAUUUUAUUUUUUGGCGCUCGAAAUGAAUCAACGUUUUUAAUAAAAAUUUUCUUUUAGAAAUUUAAAGUGUCAAACAACAAACAAAAUGUCUUUUUUGUUUGAAAGUCCAGUGAAAACUGUCGAAGAACUUUCAACGCUAAAAUAUUAUCCAAUAUUCGAUAAACGUUGGUCAAGUACAGUGAAAACGAUUGAAAAAAAUAAAGAUAAUUCAGUUGCUGGUGGUGGUAAAAUUAAACGACCACGUUCGACUGGUAAAAUAAAUCGUAAACCAUAUGGUGGAAGAAAAAAGCUAUUCGAUUCCAGUGAACAAUAUGUAUUGGAUUUUGGUCAGAAAAAUUUCGAUGCUAAACGUUGUUUAACCUGUAAUAUGCUUUAUACGGUUGGUGAAAUUAUCGAUGAAAAAACACAUCAAGAAUAUCAUGAUAUGUUUGUUAAUAGUCUAAAAUAUCGUGAUUGGAAAAAUGAAGAAGUUGUCAAUAUUUUUGAUGAUGGUCGAAUAUUGCGUGUAUUACCUUCUUCACCGUAUUAUAUGCAUAAAAAAUUGGAUGAAUUGUUCAAAAUUGCCGAUAUCGAAUUAGGUAUCAAUGUUGAUUUGAAAUCAUCAAUGAAAUCAACAUCACAAUUUUUCAUAUUCAUUUCACUGCCAUCAAAACGUAUUACAGGAUUUGUAUCCGCUGAACGUAUUAAUAGUGCUAAUAAAUUAUUAACUGAAAAUCCAUUAAUGGCCAGUACUGAUGAAUAUCCAGCCGAAUGUGGUGUAUCACGAAUAUGGACACAUCCAAAUUUUCGUCGAAAACGAAUCGCCACACGUUUGUUGGAUACAUUAAGAAAUGUAUUUUAUAAUAAUCGUAUUAUACCAUUAAAUCGAUUAGCAUUUUCCGAUCCAACAGUGAUUGGUAAAGAUUUUGCCAAAUCAUAUACGAAAAAUAAUCAAUUUUUAAUCUAUCUAUAUCGACAUAUAAUUGAAAAAGAUACUAGCCAUUCCAAAUUGAUUGAUAAAAAUUGAUGAUCAAUUGUCGUCAUCAUUCUUUUUUAU